GUUUUACGGACUUCGGUUUAUUAAUAUGGUUUGGCUCUUGAAGCCUUGUAUGCUGACAUCCCUUUUACGCCUGUUGUUCUUCCGUAUGCUAUUACGUGCGCGCUCCAUACCCCUACGCCUUCCCCUUUUCUGCCCUACUGGCUCGCGCCCGUGUGAUUGCUGGGACUGAAAAAAUGGUGGCGAGUACACGGGUUCAGAAGCUUCUUCGCCGAUACAAACUGGCGAUCGCAGCCGCGCUUACUAUUCUUCUUAUUCAGGGACUAGUGGUGUGGAGCCUGAGGACUCUUGAGGAAGGGGAGGUGGAGAAGAAGCACCGAAGGUCAAAGCUCCCCGACAACAACAGCGGGAACCCGCGGAAGGAGGCGGAGUCCUGGGAGCGGCAGAGCGGGCCGGCGGGGAGGAGCCGCGGCCGCUGGAAGCCCGGGAGGGAGCGGCCGGGGGCCACGGCGGCCAGCGCCCUGAGGCGGGGCCCGCAGCACCGCGCUGAGGCCGGCGGCAAGGACCGCGGCUCCCAGGGGCAGGGCGGGGCCGGCGAGGGCCUGCCGCACGACCCCUCCAGCAGCCGAAACUUCACCGAGCUGAAGGGCGGGGAGGCCGGGGCCAGGUUCCUGUCCGCCCCGCAGGGGGACAUGGGCAGCGUGGAGGGCGCCCCCCAGGCCCCCAGCAGCGACUUCGUCCCCAAGUGCGAGAUCUCGGGCAAGGACGCCCUGUCGGCCCUCCACCGCGCCACCUCCCGCCAGUGCAGGCAGGAGAUCGCCAACAUCGUGUGCCAGCAUCAGGAAGGGCAGCUCAUGCCACAGUCGCUGCCUCAGUUCUGCCCGCAGCACGCCCUCUCCAGCCCUGUGUUGCAGGCGGACGAGCUGGACGCUGACCUGUCCAAGGUGGAUAACCCGGUGCGGGUGGCCUUUGUGCUGGUGGUCCACGGCCGCGCAAUCCGUCAACUGCAGCGACUCAUCAAAGCCAUUUACCACCGCGACCACUUCUACUACAUCCAUGUGGACAAGCGCUCCAACUACCUGCAUCGCGAGGUUGAGCAGAUGGCCAAGCUCUACCCCAACGUGCGGACCACGCCCUGGCGCAUGGUGACCAUAUGGGGCGGGGCCAGCCUGCUGAAGACCUACCUACGCAGCAUGCAGGACCUGCUGUCCAUGCUGGACUGGAAGUGGGACUUCUUCAUCAACCUCAGUGCCACUGACUUCCCCACAAGGACCAAUGAAGAAUUAGUGGCUUUUCUCUCACAGUACAGAGACAAAAACUUUCUGAAGUCUCACGGAAGAGAAAAUGCAAGGUUCAUCAAGAAGCAGGGUCUAGACCGGCUCUUUCACGAGUGCGACUCCCACAUGUGGAGGCUGGGUGAGCGGGUUAUUCCCCAGGGCCUGGACGUGUCGGGCGGAUCCGACUGGUUCGCCCUCAGCCGCCGUUUCAUCGAGUACGUCAUGAACUCGCCGGACCAGCUGGUGUCGGGGUUAAAGCAGUUCUACACGUACACCCUGCUCCCCGCUGAGUCUUUCUUCCACACAGUGCUAGGCAACAGCCACAUGUGUGACACUCUGGUGGACAACAACCUGCGAGUCACCAACUGGAACCGCAAGCUGGGCUGCAAGUGUCAGUACAAGCACAUCGUGGACUGGUGCGGCUGCUCGCCCAACGACUUCAAACCAAGCGACCUGAUCAGAAUCCAGCAACUGACCCGACCCACGUUCUUCGCCCGCAAGUUUGAGUCGACAGUGAACCAGGAGGCCAUCAACAUCCUGGACGCCCACCUGUACGGCCACUACCCCCCCGGCACCCCCGCACUGAAGGCCUACUGGGAGAGCCUGUUUGAGAGGGCGGAUGGGGUGAGCUCGCUCAGCGACGUGGCCCUCACUUCCUACUCCGCCUUCUUCCGCCUCGGGCUGCGGAGCCAGGGGGCUGCUCAGGGCAGCAAAGAGGCCUGCAGGUACGAGCCCAUUGGCUACCCACUUUCAGUGCAUCUGUAUUUCUACGACGACCGUUUCCAGGGCUACCUAGUGAAGCAGGAAGUUCAGAUUUCGGGGACAAAGACGAGACAGACCCUGGAGGUCUGGGCAGUCCCUCAGACCACCCUGCAGCUGGAGAGCAACCUGCAUGAAUUUGAGAGGCUCAAAAACCUGGAGGUGGGAACAGGGUGGGACCCCAAGGAGCGGAUUUUCCGGACCUUUGGGGGGGUGAUGGGCCCCCUGGAUGAGCCGGUGGCAGUGCAGAAGUGGGCAAGGGGGCCCAACCUGACGGCCACCAUAGUCUGGAUCGACCCGGCGCUGGUGGUGGCAGCCUCCUAUGACAUCAGCGUGGACGUGGAGGCGGAGUUCACGCAGUACAAGCCGCCUCUGCAGCGCCCCCUGCGGCCCGGAGCCUGGACCGUCAGAGUGCUGCGGCUGUGGGAGACCGUGGCCGAGACCCGCUUCCUGGUCACGCCCCUGGCUUUCAAAGGCCGACAGCCGUUCAACAAAGAUGAGGACAGCUGGCUGCAUGCUGGUCCUCCUGGCAACCUGUACAUGGAGCAAGGCUUCCAGCAGCUGAGCCCGGUGCUGAAGCUCACCAAGGGGGAACAGGCCCUGGAGGAGGCCCAGAAGAAGGCCCAGCUGGUGGGCAAGGCCCUUGAGGACUGGAUUGACGCGAGUGUCGGGGCCUUCUGGGUGACGGGAGACAUCUGCAGCACCCAGCCAUCGCCCUGCCCCGCCCUGGUCCAGUGCAACACGUCCAGCUGGAGCUCCCUGUCUCCCGACCCCAAGUCCGAACUGCGGCCCGUCCGAAGCAACGGCCGCAUCAGGUAGCCCCGCGGAAGCACCGCCCCCCUCCCCCCGGCAGAGCUGGCGGGAACGGAGACGCUGAAAGGGAAACCUCUCGCAGGCUCGAGUGCUCGGAGCGAGGCCUCAGGGACGGUACUGAGAGACGCAGGCGGGGCCGGGGACAGGCCAGAGGCUCCGGUCAGUACUGACCACAGCAGUGCGGUCAGGAGAGCCCGUGUGAGGACGCUGUGUGAGGACGCUGAGGAGAAGCUCUGGAAUUUUGCACAGAAGUGUUUAGACUUUUGUUUUCAUUCUUUGGACUUGCCACUGCUGCGAAACACAAAGUCUACUAGAACACAGGCCUCGCCAGAGGCCUCCUGGAUCAAACUCAAAGGCGAGGGCUCCGGUUUUUAUUGUUGAACAUUGCGAGAAAUGUUACGGACACGAGAACUGAAAAAGACCUUUUUUUAGUCAAAGAAGUUAAAACUGGUCAAAUUUAUACAUGCAUAACACAUUUGAUGUAGACGGGAAAGGUUUUUUUUGUUUGUUUGCUUGUUUUUUUCACGCUCAUUGUUUCGAGCCUUAUAAUAAAAUUAGAUACUGGUGGAAGAAGUGCACUUUACUGUAUGAUGGGCCUUCACUCAGAAGGUUAGUGGCAGGAGUUCAGACAGGAACCUGAAACCAUGGGUGAGACAUCACAGGACAGUGGCCCCUCAUUAAUGGUGGUCCCCAUGUGCUGUUGUAAAACUGUAGCCCUGUUUGCACUGACGUUACACACACAGCUGGACAGGGUGACGGCAAAGAUGUCAUUGUACACGUUUAGUAAAAAUUGAUCGGAUUUGAAAAGGUUUUCCCUCAUAUAAAUUUCCCAGGUCUGACCUGGUUCUCUCAUGAUUUAUUUUCUGCUUUAUGUUUAAUAGGCACCUUUGAUUUUACCGUCCACUUUUGCAGUGCCAGUCGCUGCUUUGGCACAGAGAAAGUGCCUGACUGAAUUGCUAAGGAACAAUUGGCCGCAGAAGUUAGGUCAUUAAUGACACAACCACUUUGGGAAUUGGUUUUUACAAGUUCUGACUUUCAGAUGAUGAAUUCCUCUGGCUGACUUGGCUGGCAUCUAAGCAGACGUACAGUCUGGUAGGUCAAGGGUUAGGUUUAAUAAAAACCGCCCCAUAUGUUCUAUGUUUACAAGCCUUUACGCAUCUUAGUGUUUUGUUUGCAGAAGUUGUUUUUAGGCAAAUGUAAGCUGAGACUGCAAUUUAAAAGCUGUCAUGUCAAAAGCUCAAAUAAAUGAAGACAAUGUUUUUUUUUUUUUUUUUUUAACAUAUCUUUAGCAGUACAAUAUGGGAAAUCCCACAACGUAAUGCAAGUAUGCCUUUUUCUUGUUAUGUGAAAGUUCACCACAUUGCUGUGUGAUCUAUUGAAUUUAAUCUUGGUCAGCAAACGUUGCACAUGUGUAACUUGUUUUUGAGCCACUUUUCAGCAUGGAUUAAAGUGACCUUUUUAAAAUGA